AUGUCGCCAUAUUGGGGUUUAUUGACCCCUGAGGAAGCUGGCUUCAAUUCCGCCAUGAGCAGUGUUAGGGUUACGGUGGAAUGGGGGUUCAGUCGAGUCGUCGCCCAGUGGCCCUACGUAGACUACCACAAGAAGCAGCAGGUCGGUCUAAGCGCGUGUGGCCUCGGCAAACAGUAUUAUGUCGCCGGCAUUCUCACCAAUUGCCAUUGCUGCUUCUACCCAAAUUCGACGGCACAGUACUUUGACCUCCAACCCCCGUCCCUCGAGGAAUAAUACCUUCAGGCAGAGGGCCAGGCGAGACUGUAGUUGUUUUAUUGUUCCGAACCCCGAAAAUUCCGGUACUCGGGCCUUUACUCCGGAGACCCUCGGAACCUGCUGUGUUUUUGCUGCUUGUUUUUUAUUUUUGUUUUGUUGUUGAGAUGAGACACAAGCGCGCCUUCGCCCCUUGUGCUCACUCUCAUCUAGCACCCAUCAAAGCCUGACCAGGGAGUCAGUUGAUAAGAAAAUCUCUCUACACUUCUCUUUCCAGAGCUCGCUCGGGCCUACCGAUUUCACAGCAGUGUAGACCAACCUCUGUUUGUGAUAGAGCGGUGACAGCAGUGUAACCUCUGUGGUAGACUACAAAGUCUACGAGCUACAGCAGCACCGCCACCUCCGCUGCUGCAAGACGCCACAUUCUGUGAGGUUAUGAGCCUCGCUUUACGCGAACACUAGGAGCUGCGGACGUCACGACGGAGGUCAAGACAUCCUACUACUGCUGUGGACUACAACAUCCGUCUGUGGACUUCGAGCGGAAAUCUGGAUUCGGAGAUUUGGGAGAUCAUCAACGGUCAGCGGAAACG